UUCCCUUUGCCUGUUGUUUUCUUUACGUUGUUGUUAUGGAUUCUUAUCUUUUAUCUGUCAGACUGAUUUGCACAUGCUCUCUUUAUGAUGGGCUGCCAUACUGAAUUUGAUAAUUUCUAUUCAAUCCAAUCAUACAGGAUGAGCUGGACGACAUGGCCAAAACCUAUCCUGGCCGCUUUAAGAUCUACUAUGUGUUGAAUCAGCCUCCUGAGAACUGGAACGGUGGUGUUGGGUUUGUGUCUAAGGAAAUGAUCCAAUCUCAUUGUCCAGCGCCUGCUGAGGACAUUCAGAUCCUGAGAUGUGGUCCUCCUCCGAUGAACAAGGCCAUGGCUGCACACCUUGACGAGCUCAACUACACAAAGGAGAUGCAGUUCCAGUUCUAAGCAAUGUUAAGUUUGCAAAUAAUAAUUAGUGACCGACAUGGUUCUUCGGUCACAGGAAUAGUACCUAACUCUGCUCGUUAGCUGAUAUCAGGAGGAAUUAAGGAUCACAUGAUGAUUAGUAGUGCGCCAGCAUUUUUUGCAAUCUCUAUUUUUGAGGUCAAAUGAUAUCUACCUCCACAUAAAUCCACAUUGGCAGAGACAACAUUUUGUUAUUGUCAUUAUUGAUUUUAAAUGUGGACCAUUGGAUGCGAUAA